AUGGAUCCUUGGGAUACUAACUCAAUACACAACCACCGUCUCCAUAACCGCCGAGACCACCGUCAUCCUUCCUUCUCCUCCACUCUCCUCGACCAAAUCUACCGCUCUAUCGACGAUUCCUCAACAAACUCCGACGUCUCCAUGAGAAAGAAGCAGAACCGUGCCGGAUCUCUCGACGAGAAUCGCGUUUGCCUCGAGAAAAUCCUCGUUAACCGCCGCGCAAUCGCCGACGACUUCGUUAGAUCCAGGAAUCCGAAGAACGCAGAGCCUGUUUUCUUCAAGCACUCGAGCUCCAGCUCCUCCGAUUCAAGCGGAGUCUCGUCUUCCGAGUCCGAUUCCUUUUACAGACGAUCUCGAUCGUCGCGCUCUCCGCCGGCGAUUUGUCAUCCGAAGCCGAUUCGCACCACCGUCGAGAGAUCGCCUCAGGCUCACCGACCUAACAGUAAGCAGGAACACGGCAGCUUUCUCAGAACGAAAUCCAAGGCGUUGAAGAUCUACAGCGAUCUGAAGAAAGUUAAACAGCCGAUUUCUCCCGGCGGACGUCUCGCCACUUUCCUUAACUCGAUUUUCACCGGCGCCGGCAACACUAAGAAACUGAAUAAAAUUAACACCACCGCCGCAGCCGCAGCCACAUCCACCGCCUCCGCCCCGUCCUCCACCACUUGCUCCUCCGCAACUUCCUUCUCUAGAUCCUGCUUGAGCAAAACUCCGUCGUCUAGCGAGAAAUCGAAAAGGUCCGUACGAUUCUGUCCCGUCAACGUCAUCCACGACGAAGACUCAAAGCGUAACAACCACAACAAACUGUACGGAAACAACGGACGUGAAUCCAAUCGCCGUCAUCAAAACUUCGACACUCUCGAGCUCCGAGUCAUGGAGGAAAAUCGUCGUGUAAUCGAAGCAGCCAAGGAACUUAUCCGAACUUACCAUAAGAAUAAAGACGUCGUGGACAUCUCCGUAGAAGAAGACGAUGAUGACGCGGCGAGUUGCGCGAGCUCCGAUCUGUUCGAACUGGAUAAUCUAUCGGCGAUUGGAAUCGAAAGGUAUCGAGAAGAGCUUCCCGUCUACGAAACAACUCGCCUGAACACGAAUCGUAUCAUUUCCAGAUGA